CGAGCAACAAGAAUUUCUAGUACAACAACUGCUAAUCCAUAUAUUGCAUUAGCUGGUAUUUUGGGAUCAACAAAAGUUAUACCAUUACCAUCAAAAAAAAACACUUGAAAUUAAAUUCAAAGUAAAAUCUGGAUUUUAUAUGAAAUAGAAUGAAAAACAAAAGCUCAUGAUGAUUUUUAUUUUUUUGUUUUGUUUAGCACAAAAAUUUGAGUCAAUUAACAACACUUCGAAUAGGUCAUGAUAAUACUGGUUUAAUGCCUCGAUGGAAUAUUGAUCAUGUUCUUGUUCGAAAUCAAUUAACAAACAAUGUUUAUCGAUUUCCAUGUGGACAAUGGUUAGGUAAAGGUAUUGAUGAUGAUAGUUUAGAGCGACUUCUUUUUAUUGAUUCGAUAUAUUCAUGUGAAAUGAAUGAUAAUAAUACUAAUGGUUUAUUCGAUUCUGGUUCACCAUCUCAAUUAAUGACAACAAGUUUCAUAAGUGGUGGAUCUCAAGUAAAUUUAUCAGCUUCUGUACGAUCACGAUCACCUAGUUUACGACGUGUCAAUGAUCAAAAAAAUCAAUCAAAACAACAAGCUGAUGAUAUUUAUGAAUUGUUAGGUCGAUCAAUUAAUCAAUUAAGAGGAUUAAUAACACCAAUUUUAUGUGGUGAAGAUGGUUUUGUUAAUGCAUUAGAAAAAACGCUUUCCUAUGGUUUAAAAAAAUCAACUGGUAAUGUUCCAUUUUUUGGCGGUGGACGAAAACGAUAUGUUUGGGACUUCUCAAGUACAACAUUUAGUUCUUUACUUAUUUCUUUUUGUAAUAUUUUUCUAUUCAGUUAA